GUUGUUUGUCUCACCUGAGCAGUGAAGCAGCGUCACACCCUGAAUUUUAGUGCGCGAGAACUCUCCAGGAACAGAAUGUCUUGGAGGCCGAAUGGGAGUCCUCCGCCCUAUGAUUAUGAACACACUGAUAAUGGAUACAAUGUUGCACCCCAGCCUGCAUACUCGUACUAUCCUGAUGACGAGUUCCAGCACUUCUACCGCUGGACGUCUCCACCGGGCAUCAUAAAGAUCAUGUGUGUGAUCUCUGUUAUCUGCUGUGUGGGCAUCUUCGUGUGCGUGGCCUCCACUCUGGCCUGGGAUACGGAUGCGGGAGCGGCUGGAUUCGGAUCAUAUGGAGGCUCAUAUGGAAACUCUUAUGGAGGGGGCUACGGAGGAGGCUACGGAACUGGCUAUGGAAUGGGAGGAUAUGGCGGGGGCUACGGUUAUGGUAUCCUUGGCUCUCAAAACGACCCCAGGCAAGGCAAGGGCUUCAUGAUCGCCAUGGCAAUCAUCGCCUUCAUCACACUUCUUGUCAUCUUCAUCAUGAUCAUCUCCCACCAGAAGAUGACCCAGGGCAGGAAGUUCUACUUGGCUGUCAUUAUCAUUAGCGCCGUUAUGGCCUUUUUCAUGUUGAUCGCCACCAUUGUCUACCUGGUGACGGUGUACCCUAUGGCCCAGUCGUCCGGGUCUGUGCAGUUUAAUCAAGUGUACGCCAUGUGUGCGCAAUACCUGCAGCCUCAGAUGUCCGGUGCAUUUGUGAACCAGUACCUGUAUCACUACUGCGUUGUGGAUCCUCAGGAGGCAAUCGCUCUUGUUUUGGGCUUCAUCGUCACCGCAGCCCUCAUCAUCAUCAUGGUCUUCGCCAUCAAGUCCCGUCAACGGAUCAAUUCUCACGGGAAAGAAAACAUUCUGUGGAGGCACGUGAAAGAGAUCGAAGACCCCAACGCACCUCAGGAUGUGGAGGAUUGGGUAAAUGAUGUCAAUGGAGUUCCUGAUCCACUGUUGACUGACUAUCCAGUGAAGUUCAGCAGUUCUAGAAAUGAUCUGGACGACAACAGUACAAAUUAUGACAAACCUCCUCACAGUGAAAGCCCUGUAGAGAUUCAGCGUGAGCUCCCCAUCUGCAGUUCGGCUCCUCUAAGCAGCGCGUCAGAUAUUACCAGCUCUGCCGGACAACCCAAGAAACGGCGUGCUAGACGACCACGAACCGCCGACGGACGGGAAUACGAGACGGACUACAACUCCUCUGGAGAUGAGCUGGACGAUGACGAUUUCUACAGUGAAUUCCCUCCAAUUGCUAAUAAUGAAGAGCGAGAAGACUACAAGCGUCUGUUUGACAAAGAACAUCAGGAGUACAAGGACCUCCAAGCAGAACUGGACCAGAUCAACAAGCGUUUGGCUGAAGUGGACCGUGAACUCGAUGACCUCCAGGAGGGAAGCCCACAGUUCCUGGACGCCAUGGACGAGUACAACGCACUAAAGGACAAAAAGAGGAGCGGCGAUUACCAAGUGAAAAAGAAGAGAUGCAAAUAUCUGAAAGCGAAAUUGAACCACAUCAAAAAGAUGGUGAGCGAUUACGGCCGGAGAGCCUGAAGAUCACAGACAAAGAAUCCUGAGUCAAAUCCCCAUCAUGGUAAAGGGAAAACCAUUUCUGGACAGUAUUUUUACAAGCACCCUCAUGUAUUGGUGUCUGUCCAGGUUUGUGCAUUAUAACUGUUAAUGAGCCAGGCUGUUGCUUUCUGGACCUUUGAUUUAUGUGUAUCGUGUAGAUAUUCAGGGUACACUGGCUUAUUUCGCCGAAUGCAAUAUUUUUCCGGAAUCUUCCAUGAUGAACUGGCUUCAAAAUCAGGGUUCAAACCAUAAUGUUUUUGUUUUGUAGUUGGUUUGAAUGUUUGAGUAGUGGUUUAUGUUAGAAUUUAAAGUAGAUUUAAUUAGAACUCGUUGCUUUUUCAAUGCAACGUUUAUUUUAUAGAUUUUUAUUUAAGCUAUUAACUAAAAGUUUCUCAGGAGAUAAAAUAAUUGUGCCUGUUGAUUUCAUAGUGAGUGGUUUGGACCUCUUCAUACUUCACUAAACUGUGAUCAGUAGCCAGUCACUCGAAGUUGUAUUUAUGCCUUUUUUUUUUUCAUUGAAAGUUUUUACAUUUUAUGAUGUGUAAAUAUGUAAUUUAAUGUUAACCAUUUCAUUCCUACUUUAUUUGAGUAAAACAUUUUUUAAAGCCAUAAUAAAUGACCACAAAAGAGUG